AUGUCGCUCUUUGUGCUUGCAGAGACGCCGGCAGGCUACGGCCUGUUCAAGGCCACCGACAAGAAGAUGCUGAAGAAUGAGGAACUCGCAGCCGAGUUGGGACGUCCUGAAAAGGUCGUUGAGAUGCUCAAGCUCAAGAAGUUCGUCAAGUUCGACAGCGCCGCCACCGCUCUCGAAGAAGCCGCCGCGCUCAAGGAUGGCAAGGUCCCUGAGCUGCUCACCGCGCUCCUCGAGGACCUCAAGUCCGAGAAGAAGGCUUCGCUCGCCGUCGCCGACAUGAAGCUGGGCACGGCCAUCUCUAACCUGCCCGCGCUCAACAUCUCUCCCGUCUCGGGUUCCAACACGAUGGAUCUGUUCCGUGGCAUUCGUGGCUCGCUCUCCAACCUCAUUCCUGGUCUUGUUGAGGAAAACUUUGACCGCAUGGCUCUGGGUCUGUCUCACUCCAUGUCGCGCCACAAGCUCAAGUUCUCGGCCGACAAGGUCGACUCCAUGAUCAUCCAGGCCAUCAAGCUCCUCGACGAUCUCGACAAGGAGCUCAACGUCUAUGCCAUGCGAACCAAGGAGUGGUACGGCUGGCACUUCCCUGAGAUGGCGAAGAUCCUCAACGACAACCUGGCCUAUGCCCGUGUCAUCCUCGCUGUCGGCAUGCGCACCAACAUUUCCGAGAGCGACCUCUCCGAGAUCCUGCCUGAGGAGAUCGAGGCCGCCAUCAAGGCCGCUGCCGAGAUUAGCAUGGGUACUGAGAUUACCGAGGAGGAUCUUGACAACAUCAAGCUGCUGGCUGACCAGGUCAUUGUCUACUCCAACUACCGAACCCAGCUGUCCUCGUACCUCGAGAACCGUAUGCGCGCCAUUGCCCCCAACCUGACUGCCCUCGUCGGCUACCUCGUUGGUGCCCGCCUCAUCGCCCACGCCGGCUCCCUCAUCAACCUGGCCAAGGCUCCUGGUUCCACCAUUCAGAUUCUUGGUGCCGAGAAGGCUCUGUUCCGCGCCCUCAAGACCAAGCACGACACACCCAAGUAUGGUCUCAUCUACCACUCGUCGCUCAUCGGUCAGGCCAACGGCCGAAACAAGGGUAAGAUCGCCCGUAUGCUGUCUGCCAAGGCUGCCCUGGGUCUCCGUGUCGAUGCUCUCGGCGAGUUCGAGGACGACGUCGAUGACGAGGAGCGCGCCAUCCUUGGUCUCAGCAACCGCAUCAAGCUCGAGAACCACCUCCGAAAGCUCGAGGGCAAGCCCCUUCUGCCCAAGGGCACCAACGUCACUCCCUCUGGCGAGAUUGUUGGCGCCGGCCAGUUCACUCUCAAGGAGACUCGCCGAUACAACGGCGACGCCGACGGUGUUGAUGAGGAGGCUGCCAACGGUACCACUCCUGCCAAGAAGAGCAAGAAGUCCAAGAAGCUCAUUGAGGAGGUUGAGGAUGAGGAGAUGAAGGAUGCUGAGGAGAGCGAUGAGGAGGAGGCCGCCACCACCACCCCUGCCAAGCCCAAGAAGCUGUCCGAAGCCGACUACGAGCGCCUCGCCGCCGAGGCUGGUCUCUCGGUCAAGAAGUUCAAGCGCAAGUACGAGCGAGGCGACGUUGAACUCAACGAUGACGGUACGCCCAAGGUGUUCAGCAAGAAGGAGCUCAAGAAGCUGCGCAAGGCCGAGGAGAAGUCGACACCUUCCAAGGAGGCUGCCCCCGAGAGCAAGAAGAAGCGCAAGCACGACGACUCAGAAGACGAGGCCGAGCCCAAGAAGGAGAAGAAGCAGAAGAAGAAGAAGCGCCACUCUGAUGCUUAG